AUGUCAUUCGGAACACUCUACACCCAUAACCCAACGCCUCGCUCGACGACCCUCAUCGCUCUAGCAAAGCUCCACAACCUCGACGUCAAAAUCAUACACGCAGAAAAGAAGAAUAAAGAGGCAUUUGAGGAGCUUUGCAGAUAUAAUCCACUCGGGCAAGUCCCUACUUUUGUAGGCGCAGACGGGUUCGUGCUGAGUGAAUGUAUUCCAUUGACUCUUUACUGCAAUGACGAACGCUCCUCGCUCAGGAUCCUCCAAUGGAUGUCUUUUGCAAACUCCGACCUCUUUCCAGCAGUCGGCGGCGUCUUCCUCCCACGCAUUGGGCAACGGCAAAUAAUCCAGCAAGAUGACGGGGACUCACUGCGUGCGAUGCUGCAGCGGUGCAAGUACCUAGAUGAGCAUCUGAAGCGCAGCAGAUAUCUUGUGGGGGAAAGUAUAACGAUUGCGGAUUUUUUCGCCGCGAGUCUGCUCAUGGGAGCGUUUGCGGCGUUUAGGAGAUCCAUGCAGGAGAGGUUUGGAGCACUGUGCAGCUGGUAUGAUGGGGUCCUUGAGAUUGGCUGGUUUAAGAAGGUUGCGGGAGGUGUCCCGGAUUUGGGACUUGAGUUAGAGAUUCCAGAGGAUAUAAAAUGGUAA